UUUCACAUGAAGGUGACUACAGAGGCUCUUUCCUGGAAAGAAUCAAUAAAUGACACAAAUUACUCCAUGGUGACUGAGUUCAUUUUUCUGGGACUCUCCAAUUCUCAGGAAUUCCAGAUACUCCUACUGGUGUUCUUUUUUAUAUUCUAUGUGGGAAUUGUGUUUGGAAACCUUCUUAUUGUCAUAACUGUGGCUUCUGACUCCCAUCUUCACUCUCCCAUGUACUUCCUGCUGGCUAACCUCUCACUCAUUGACCUAUGUCUGUCUUCCGUCACAGCCCCCAAGAUGAUUGCUGACUUUUUCAGUAAACGCAAAGUCAUCUCUUUCAAGGGUUGCCUUGCUCAGAUAUUUCUCGUUCACUUUUUUGGUGGGAGUGAGUUGGUGAUACUUAUAGCCAUGGCCUUUGACAGAUAUGUAGCAAUCUGUAAACCUCUUCGCUACUCUACAGUUAUGUGUGACCAUGUAUGUUUUGGCAUUGUGACUGCUGCAUGGGGAAGUGGCUUUCUCCAUUCAGUGAGCCAGUUGGCUUUUGCAGUAAACUUACCUUUCUGUGGUCCCAAUGAGGUUGAUAGCUUUUACUGUGACCUACCUAGGGUUAUCAAACUUGCUUGUAUAGACACCUAUAGAUUGGAUGUCAUGGUCAUUGCUAACAGUGGUGUGCUCACUGUGUGUUCUUUUGUUUUCCUAAUCAUCUCCUAUGCUAUCAUCCUAGUAACCAUCCAGCAACGCCCUUCAGACAAGUCGUCCAAGGCUCUGUCCACUCUGACUGCUCACAUCACAGUAGUUCUUUUGUUCUUUGGACCAUGUAUCUUCAUUUAUGCCUGGCCAUUCCCCAUCAAGUCACUAGAUAAAUCCCUUGCUGUGUUUUAUUCUGUGGUCACUCCUCUCUUGAACCCAAUUAUAUACACACUGAGGAACAAAGACAUGAAGACUGCAAUGAGACGACUGAGUAAAUGGAAUGUGAAUUCUAGUGUAAAAUUUUAG